AUGGGCACAGAAGACGAAUCAGAUUACUACUACAAGGGAGCGACCGAUGAGAACAGUGUGGCGAAAGCGUCGUCCCUCUUUCAAAACCUGGGCGGAUCUACUGGGGUCAGGGGAGAAUUCUUCACCGACCGCUCGUCGUUCAUCAGAAUUCACAACCACAUGAAGUCUUCCAACCACUGGAAAUCCGUCAGCAAGUGGGACACCGGAGUCGAGUACACUAUUCAGCAUCCCACCACCGACAUCAUCGUAGCAGACACCAACAGGGGUCAGAAAACGGUCGUCUUCAAACAGCACGUGGUGCAGACAGUGCGCGGAUGCACUGCAUGCAAAUCGGUCGACUUUACCGUGAACAAGUAUGAAACGAUAGAGCUCGACCGUACAAGCAGGUCGUAUCACGACUCCACGUACACGUGGGUGAAGAUUAAGUCAGAAAAGGUAUUCGUUCAUGAAUCCGAAAGAUCGUCGUGGAAGUUCCACCUCGCAGUCGUGUGGCAAGGAGACACGAAGGAAAAGGCCGAGAGCGUUCCACAGCAGUAUUCGGUCGCCGUGUCGAUGGGGUCCGUGGCAAAGGCUUCUCGUGACGCCGUGUACACCACGGCGUCUUUCCUGGAGAAAAUGAUGGACGCCAUGUUUCAGAAAUCUAGGAGUCGUCAUAUCAUUCUCAACUUUUCUUGA